AGGUUAAAGAAAUAGAGACUAGAAAAGAGAGGGCAUCGUGACCAGAUAAACACCAAAACCGAAGUGUCAGUCAAUUUUGCUAGCCUCUGUAUAUACACGCGCACUCUGAGCCCAUUCCACUGCUAAACUCAUCACCUCAUUUUUUUCAGUAUGGAAAGUUGGUUCCUUGUUCUUGUCUCCAUUUCCAUCUCUCUCUUCUUGAAAAUUAUCUUCAACAAUUUCUUAACCUCUAAAAACCUACCUCCAGGUCCCCUAACCUUUCCUUUCAUCGGCCACUUACUAUGGCUCCGCAUGUCCGCCUUCAAGAUGGAGCCAAUCCUUCGAUCCCUCCAUGCCAAGUUUGGCCCAAUGGUUACCCUCCGUAUUGGCACUCGCCCUGCUAUCUUCGUUGCAGAUCGCACCCUUGCUCAUGAGGCUUUAAUACAUGGCGGCGCAGUUUUUGCGGACCGCCCACCAGCUGUUGCUACGAGAAAAAUUAUGACUAGCAAUCAGCAAAAUAUUAGUUCUUCGGCUUACGGUCCAACAUGGCGACUUCUGCGGCGUAACCUCACUGCAGAAAUCCUCCACCCAUCGCGUGUGAAAUCUUACACUCAUGCACGCAACUGGGUUCUGCAAAUCCUCCAGAAUCGCUUUGAAUCUCAAGCGAAAGCCGGUCGUCCUAUUUGUGUAAUGGAACAUUUUCAAUAUGCCAUGUUUUGUCUAUUAGUCCUGAUGUGUUUUGGAGACAAGCUUGAUGAAAAUCAGAUAAAAAAAAUUAUGGAAGUUCAGCGACAAAUGAUAGUGAAUUUCGGUAGGUUCAACAUACUCAAUUUAUGGCCAGGAGUGACAAAGAUCGUGUUGCGCAACCGUUGGAGGGAGCUGUUUCGCCUUCGAAAAUGCCAAGAAGAUGUUUUGAUUCCAUUGAUAAGAGCAAGAAAGAAGGCCAAGGAAGAGAGCGUAAACAAAAGUAAAGAGGACAAGAAAGACUAUGAGGAUGAGUAUGUUUUGUCCUAUGUUGACACCAUACUGGCUUUGGAGCUUCCGGAAGAGAAGAGAAAGCUCAAUGAAGAGGAAAUGGUCAGUUUGUGCUCAGAGUUUCUAAACGGAGGAACAGAUACUACUUCAACAGCGUUGCAAUGGAUCAUGGCAAAUCUAGUUAAGUACCCGCAAAUCCAGGAGAAGCUAUUCAUGGAGAUUAAAGGGGUUGUGCAAGAAGGUGAAGAGAAUAUAAAAGAAGAGGAGUUGCAAAAGAUGCCAUAUCUAAAAGCAAUAAUUCUAGAAGGGUUAAGGAGGCACCCGCCAACCCAUUUCGUGUUGCCCCAUGCGGUGACUGAAGAUGUAGUGCUGGGUAAAUAUGUGGUACCAAAAGAUGGAACUAUAAAUUUUAUGGUGGCUGAGAUGGGGUGGAAUCCGAAGGUGUGGGAGGAUCCCAUGGUAUUCAAGCCUGAAAGAUUUCUAAAUAGUGGAGGGGAAACAUUUGAUAUAACAGGAAGUAGAGAGAUAAAGAUGAUGCCAUUCGGGGCUGGGAGGAGAAUAUGUCCUGCUUAUGGUCUAGCAAUACUUCAUUUGGAGUAUUUUGUAGCUAAUUUGAUUUGGAGAUUUGAGUGGAAAGCUGUGGAUGGAGAUGACGUUGAUUUGUCUGAGAAAGAAGAAUUCACAGUAGUGAUGAAAAAUCCAUUACAGGCUCAAAUAUGCCCGCGGUUGAAAUAAAUGAUCAGGUUUAUUAUUAUUAUUAUUAUAAAAGAUAAGGUUGAUUUUGUCUAGUUGGACGAUAGCUCUUCAUGUAAGAUGUAACUCUACUAGUUUAUCAAGUCGGAUGCUCCUAUGUUUGUGUUAU